GCCACGCCUCUUUGAUCCGCUACUGUGAGGCGGAGCAGCGUUCCCGCUGAACUCUACCUGAAAACAUCUGUCCCCCAUAUUCACCCUCCCUCGCGGCUGUAGAGCGAAUAGAACACAGCCCGCGGCCUCGACCGCACUCAGAGAGCUGCGCGCAGGCGGACAGAGCCCGGAUGUUUGUUUAGUUUUGGUAGAAAUGAGAGAAAUGCUGUCGGAGCGGCGCUGAAUGAGAGCGGAGCUACAGAGCAGAGAGAAGAAGGUGGUGGAGAGGCGCCUCGGCUCCGGAGAUCCAGCAGCACCUCCUCCUCCCCGCUGAUUCCGCUCUCCGCCCGGACUCCUCGGGAGAAUGAGGAGCGGGUCUCUGAAGGUGCUCCAGUCGGCGGCGGUGACUCCUGAGCGACGGUUAAUGGCUCUGUUUGAGUAGAGAAAGUGUGGAAAAAGAGAUUGAGCAACUCGAGUUUACCCUCCAGACUCUGAAUCACGAGUUCACCUCCCUCUCCCUCUCUUCUACCUGCGGAAACACUCGGACGGAAAAUGCUGUCCCAGCUGAGUGAGUGGUUCUGGAAUGAGAGGCUUUGGUUUCCCGUGGGUUUGGGCUGGGCUGACAUCCAAGAUCGAGAUGGUCACACCUACGCCAAAGGCUCUGACCUCUGGGUCACCCUCCCCAUUGCGCUUGCCUUCCUCAUUGUACGGCAGAUCUUCGAAAGGACAGUGGCACCUUGGCUCGCAUCAUUGAUGGGUGUAAAAGAGAAAGUACGAGUGCGGGCAGAAUCCAACCCAGCACUGGAGUCUCACUUCUGCACUGCGAGCAAACAUCCUGCACAGAGUGUGGUGGAGAGUUUAAGUAAACAAACAGGCUAUUCAGAGCUACAGGUCCAGAGAUGGUUCCGGAGACGGCGGAACCAGGAGCGACCCAACCAGCUCAAGAAGUUCAGGGAGGCCAGUUGGAGAUUUAUGUUUUACCUUCUUGCUUUCAUUGCUGGCUUGGGUGCCCUCAUUGAUAAACCCUGGCUCUAUAAAAUGGAAGAGGUGUGGAAGGGCUUCCCAACACUGACUCUGCUUCCCUCGCAGUACUGGUACUAUAUGAUUGAACUGGGUUUCUACAUGUCCCUUCUGUUCAGCGUGGCAUCUGACGUGAAGCGAAAAGAUUUCAAGGAGCAGAUUGUUCAUCAUGUGGCUACCAUCCUCUUAAUCAGUUUCUCCUGGUGUGUGAACUACAUUCGAGCUGGAACUCUCAUUAUGUUGGUGCAUGACAGCUCCGACUAUCUCCUGGAGUCAGCUAAAAUGUUUAACUAUGCUGGUUGGAGAAAGACGUGUAACUACAUCUUCAUCUUAUUUGCUGCUGUCUUCUUCGUCACAAGACUUGUGAUCUUGCCGUUCUGGAUCAUGCACUGUACGUGGGUUUAUCCAGUGACCAUCUAUCCUCCAUUCUUUGGAUAUUAUUUCUUUAAUGGUCUUAUGUUCGUGCUCCAGUGUCUACACAUCUUCUGGUUUGUGCUCAUUCUGCGCAUGGCCAUCAAGUUCCUCCCUGGAAAUCGCAUUGUGGAGGAUGAGAGGAGCGACCGAGAAGAGACGGAUGAUUCUGAAGAAGAGGACGCGCAGGAGAAAGAGAGACAUGCCAAAACGAAAAAUGGACCGCUGCAGAAUGGUCAUUCUCCAUCCAACAACAACCACCGCAAGAUGGAGUAAUGGAGUGGAGGGGAGGAUGGAGAUUAUCGGCGAUGAAACAUGAUCUAGUCCUCCAUAGCUGCCUGUAGCGUGUACACACACACACACACACCACAAGAGUAAGACCAGUAGACCGAGGCAGGGCAAGUGGACACUUGAAUUAAAAAACAAAAAAAACACACAAACAACUAGAUAAAUAAAAAAUAGCCUACAAAUAUACACACUCAUAGAGACACAUUUUACCAAGUGUUAGAAGCUGAUCUACCACACAUUCAAACACUAAUCCUAAUAGUCCCCGCAACCAGACUUGAAGCCAAUAACUAUAAAUGUUUUAUUUUUUUGUGGUCUAUGCACUAAAAAUGCACAAAAUUCAAGGGGAUCUUGAGGCAGCGAGUAAAAUCUGGACUUGGUCUUGGUGGUUAUUCCUAGUCCAGUGUAUGACCUGCCUAGUGCCUUGUUAAAGGAGUGCUCCAGUAUAUUCCACCCUAAUCUCUGUCUGCCACAUCAGUAAAAUACAUAAACAAAUAUAUAACUUAAAAAAUUCUAAUAAUAAAUAAAAAAACAGAAGUACUAUUGAAACAUCUUAUAGAAGCUUAGUUUCGACAGUUGUCCUUCUGUAUGUGAUUGUUCAAUGGCAGCUGGAGAUCCGAUUGUAAAAUGCUGAAGCAUCCCUUUAAUGUUGGACCUGCACUCGUUCCCCAACUUUUCUUUCCAGCCUGUUGCCUUUUCUGUCUCGUCACUCGCAGGUCACUGUCCCACUCAUCUGCUCUUUUAUAUCUCUCUCACAGGUAAAAAUCUCUCUGGCUAGAAAGUCCCAUUACUUGCGUACUUCUCGGAUACACUCUCAACUCUUGGCUAAAAGAUUUCGACUUCAUUCCGUGUGCAGUUUCCCAGUUUCAGUAAGUGGCCUUUAGCUGAGUCUCCCAACACAUUCCUGUGUACGUACCCACACGCUCACUCCAACAGGCACACACAUACUAACACACACUGCCAAGAGCCCUCCUUACUGAACUAUACUUGUUUCACUUGCACUAUUAUGUGUGUUAAAUAGCCUAAUCUUGCUGUACACUAGCGCUGCCCUAUAAGAUUAUCUUCUAGAACCUGGUUCUUGAGGACCAAUAGCAAUGCACUGCUUAGAGUUUUCCCUGCUUAGAGGAGAACAGAUCAGACAAUUGACACAUUGACCUAAAUAUGCUCUGUCCACUAAUGUUUUUUUUUAGGUUGCAAAGGCUUUGCAGAGAAAGGUUAGUUAACAUUUAGCCUGACCUAAUAAAAAAAAAACUGUAGCUCAUUUUUUGUUUAAAAUGUCGUAGAUUACUCAACUUUAACCUCUCCGGUGUUAAAUUAGCUCUAUAAGUUGCUAUCUCCAAAUACAAUUGUCUCACUAUAGAGCUAGGCAGCUAGCUAAAAUAAUAGAACUAUCCAGGCUGAAUAUCACACCACAAACAAAUUUGCCACAAUGCUACCAUUAGCCUGAUUACAUUUAAAAAAAAGCUAUAUGUAAUCGAUCCAUACAAGGAAUUUUUACGCACAUCCGAAAUAAAUAUCCAUGGCGCUAAUAAUGAUCUCGAAAUGUAGAUGUUUUCCUAACUACGUUGCUCGCUACAGCUUCUCAUUACACUUAAUGAGAUUUUUGGCCAAGAUUCAGCAAACCUUGUCCAACCCUGCAACAGUAGCUACGCAAACGAGCACUUUUGUGGGCAGAGCAUGAAUAGAGAUGGAUCAAUAACACAAAGACUCUGAGUGUUCAGUCAGGGAACACACUAACCCGUGCUUGGCUCGGACCCCUCCCUCCAGGACCACUAGGUUUGGCUCAGCCGAGCCGCUUGUGCUGCCACGACGUCCCGCUGCGGGAGCGACCAGUAGCUAAAUCACCAAAUGUUUAAAUGUUCAAAUGUUCUGCCUUUUUGUGUGUCAACUUUUCUUCGUUUUUUUUUUUUCUGUUGCGUUGUAAUGGGGACUAAAAUAAUAUAUCUAAACCAGCUUUAGAAGUUGCUGGUUUUGCUUGAAUCACUUAUUUAGAUGCUUUUGUCCUAAAACAAAGCAUAUCGCAUAUCCAAGGAGAGGAAUUGUUUUAAACACAAAAGAUAAGAGAUUCAGUGUUGAUUGUUUAAUUUGAUUGUUUAUUUCUUUGGUCUUGCUCUCAUCUCUGAAAUGAGAGAGAAUGCAGAGAGUGUUCAGUUCAAAGUUUUAUUGAUUUUGUUUUAUCUUUGUUUUCUUUUAUUGGUUUUCAUUCUAGUUUUUUAUUUUUAUUUGAGGCAUCAAUUUAUGAGGUUUAAUACUGAAAACCACAAAAUAUAGUUUCUUAUUUAGUUGAUAUUGCCUGUAAACAUUUCUUGUAAGUGGACUGAUAUUACCCGUUUGAUGUUUUUGUUAUAUGGGCCUGUGGGCCUUCUGUAGAGUAGUAGUGGAAACUACCUUUCGGUGGAGCUAGGACUGUUCUAAAGUCAGUACGGAACGAACAAAUAAAAGACUGCUUUGCUCCUGGCAUCAUAAAUCUGCAAAAAAUAUGAUUUUGUAGAAAACAAUAAAAAUCUACUAUGAAAACAGCUUUUUUUUUAGAAUAACAGAUACAAAUUAAGUUUAAUCUCCCAUAUCUUAAGAAUACAUCAGUAUUUAUCCAUUUUACCAUCUGAUGCACUUUAUAAUACUACAUAAACAUCUAUCUAUCUUAGUGAAUAAGCUUGAAAUUCUAAACUGUCUGUAGGACGGCAAUGCUUUAUUAUGACUGAAGUAGAGGCUUGUGGUUUAUUGGUUUUACGGGUAACGAUGUCCCUGUAGAAAUUUGCCAUAUUCUUAAAUGUUUCUUGUUGAUUGUUUAUAUCAACCAACAUUUCUCUAGUUUCGAAGGUGCAACAGGAUGCUUCACAGAGUAAAAAUACAGAGUGAUAAAAGACUGAAAGAAAGAUAAGAACACAUGAGACCAGGAAUAUGAUUCUAGUUAAGGUUUACAUGUUUAGGUCCUUUAUGUUUAUUUUAUUACAUCAGAGAUGAUGGAAGAUCCAGUCCUUGUGUUUAUCAUUAGUGUCAAUUGAUUAUUUUAUUUUAUUUUCCCCCUUAUAUAUUCAUAUAUGUAUUUACUCUCCCCCCCCCCCCAUCUAAAUGCCUUAGUUCUUCUAUAGUUGUGCUUUGUAUUUGCUUAUAUAUGUUUUUUCUAGCUCUAUUCUACCUUUAUUACAAACUAGGGGUGGGUGAAAUGUCAGAAAUGCAAUAUCAUGAUGUUUAGAGACAUUCUCAUGAAACUGUAUACUUCUCAUCAGAAAAUGGUUGUAAUAAUCCAUCCCAUACUACCUGAAUAUUCUCACACAAUUCCUGCAGCUUUUGCAGUAGAGGUGGAGUGUUGAUAGCACUUCCAAAAGCACUGCACACAUUUUUUGUCAGCCAGGGAUAAGUGGGGAUAGGUAGACACAGGUGCUGGCUAUGGCAAACCACCUGUGUCUUCAAGGCAUUCUCUUAAGACAGCAGCAGAGCAAGGAGUGUGUUCCAACAGUUGCCUCCACCCAAAUAAAAACAGGACUCGUCACUAAAGGUGACCUGCUGUCAUUCUCCAUGAGUUACUCCAUGGCAGUCCGAUAUGACACCAUUGCAGUCUUAGGAGGAUGUUGAAAUGGUGUGAAUGUAGUCAUGUGUUGUGCAGCCGUCUGCCAGUGGUGCUGGCACUAACAGUAUGACUCGCGGAGGGAAGUCUUUUUGGAACUCUCCUCAGCUGCUCUGAUUGCUUUUGAACUCUUGUCUCAGGCAUACUUUGUUUCCAAAGGACACUACAAGCAGUACUAAAGUCGAUAUGGAGGUAUGUGCAACAGAGAUUACCUUAUAUAUUUAGCCAGGUACAGAGUAAAGGCCCAUCAAAUCUAUUCAUCAAUCAUUCUCUGGUCCAAAUUAGUUGAUGAGUUUCUUUACUUGGAGCGUUUUCUCCCUUUGUUUGGUUUGGUUUCACACAGGCAUCAAUAAACCACGUGAGCAGGCUGUGUCCUCUGAUUGGUCAGAGCUGUCUGGCGAGGAAGUAAAUAUAAAUUUAUGAAAAAAGUAAAAAUAGCGAGAGGAUUCUGUGUUUCAGCGCGUCUAUCUGUGCUUUAACACUGAACGCUGAAACGCUGCGCUUUUAAACAGUGUUUCUGCGUGCAGCGCAGAUGUAAGCAUAGUAAACCACGGCUGUGAGAAGUGAACAAAGCACAGACUGCACGUGCAUGGACACAGCGUUUGUUCAUAGCUGUGGCAUUCAGCGUUAUCUGGCUAAUAUAUCAGAUUAAACUGCGUCGCAUCAGCAGUUUAGCUGAAAUAAAUUGACUAUAUUUAAUAGCUGGGUCGAAUCGAGACUAGAUCAUGUUUAUCAUGCUCUAGGUGGUCUCGGACCGUUUCUUUUGAUCCGUACUCGAGUGCGAUUACAGUUUUCACACCAGCUCAAUCGAACCUCACUAAUGUUACAAACGGACAAGAUUUCGUUUUAACCAGACCAAAUAGUGCAUAGAUGUGAAAACGCCCUUAGUUCUGUGUAGAUCCUCUGCAUUAACUAAAUAUCGCUUAAAUCACUUUUUUAAGGACACAGUCAGCCAGUGUAGAAGUACUAAUUAUGUCCACAAUAUGCUCAUAUCCUGAUAGUGAUGUCAUCGUAUCACCCACCCCUAGUAAAGCCAUGCUAAAGCUUACAACACUUCUCUAGAUCCUGCUCAACAGAUUCCGCCUGGAAUUCUUCCAGUACACAGUGGUGUACUGUGUGCCUAUGCCAGUGUGAUUUGCAUCAACAUGAAUGUUCUGCAGCUUUGGCUUUAGGUCAUUUUGUUGUCGUGUCCUACACUAAGUACAGCUGUUAAUCAGCUGCUUCAUAGCUCAUCAGCACACACUGACUCUGGAUCUGAUUCCAGUCUGAUCCAGACAGAGAAACGAUUCCCAGUUAGCACUCACCAGACUCUAGGAGUCUAGAAAAAAAGAAGAUUAAGAUUCUGGGUGUUUUUAUCCGAGCUCCUAGUUAGUUUUCCCUCGCUUCCGUCUUUCCUCGCUCUUGUCUCUUUUCCACGUUUAAAGUCAUCACUCCUUCCAGGCUUGACGCCAAGACCAAUCCAACCAAACGAUUGUCACCGCGUGUUGCCUUCAGCGGUCCCAAACACACAUUAAACAUGAGUGUCUCAACUGCCAGUGUUUUUAUGUUAUUUUGUAUUGCCUUUAUGCAAUGUAAGAUAAAAGACUUGUGGAAAACUGAA